AUGUCACAUUUUCGUAUCAUCAGACACGAGGCUCGCGCUCAGAAUAUACGGGAGCGCCCCGGAGCGGUGAAAGUAGGGCAUGAGCGAGAGCUUCGACUUGCUGUGAAGCAAUAUAUUCCCCAUGACAACCCUUGUCCCGCAGAUGGUGAUCUUACUAUCAUCGGGGCACACGCAAAUGGAUUUCCGAAGGAGCUGUACGAGCCACUUUGGGAUGAUAUCUACGAAAGACUACAAUUUCACAACCGGCGUAUCCGAUCCAUCUGGAUAGCAGAUGUUGUUCAUCAAGGCCAAAGUGCUGUUUUGAAUGAAGAAAUCUUGGGAGAUGAUCCUAGUUGGUUUGAUCAUGAGCGAGAUUUGCUCUUUCUUAUGAACCUGUUCCAGGACUAUAUCACCCAGCCUAUCAUUGGAGUCGGCCACAGUAUGGGUGGCCUGCAGUUGACCCAUCUUGCCCUGAUGCACUCGUCUCUCCUCCAAGGUCUUAUUUUACUGGAUCCAGUCAUACAAAGGGAAAAUCCCAGCCGGAAAUAUGCUUUACCAUCUACUUAUAGGCGGGACUUGUGGCCAUCUCGCGCGGACGCUGCGGAAAAUUUUCAGUCUAGUCGCUUUUAUAAGACCUGGGAUCGUCGGGUGCUCGAGAAAUGGAUUAAAUAUGGACUCCGAGAUCUGCCGACAAAGCUGUAUCCCACUUCCAGUAAGGCUGGAGCUCGACAGCCCGCUGUCACAUUGACCACACCCAAAUCGCAAGAGUUGUUCACUUUCUUGCGGUCUUCUUAUGUUGAUGAUAGAUCUGGCUUAUCUCGCGGGUCGCCCAAUGAGGAAAUGCACCCGGAUGAUAUAGAUGGCUUCCCAUUUUAUCGACCCGAGCCCCCACAGAUCUUCCGUCGCUUGCCAGAGCUGAAGCCGGCAGUUCUUUAUCUCUUCGGAAAUAACUCGGACCUCUCCUCUCCCGAUUCUCGUCAGGAGAAGCUACGAGUUACCGGCACUGGCAUUGGAGGAAGCGGGGGUGUAUCUCGUGGCCGGGUACAGGAAGUUGUUCUUCCUUGUGGCCAUCUGGUCCCUAUGGAACUUGUCCGAGAAAGCGCUCAAGCGAGUGCUGAUUUCAUUGAUACGGAAUUAUCACACUGGAAGUCACAGACUUUGAAGUUUCAAAAAGCCUGGGGAGGCAUUUCACACGAAGAGCGCACAAGUAUCGACGAGCAGUGGAAGGCUCAUAUGGGUCCCCUGCCAAAAAGGCCGAAAAUUUAA